AUGGCUCUGCAGAAUGCAGUGCAGAAGCUCCGGCCGGUCAAUGAAGUCAAUAUCUCGAUCUCCAGUCGUACGGAUAGUGGUGUUCAUGCCUUGUGUAAUUCUGCUCACCUCGAUAUUCAGAGAAAGGAAGGAAAGCCACCAUUUUCAGCGGAGCUCCUUGUCGAAGCACUGAACUUUCAUUUGAAACCCGAGCCGAUCAGUGUCAUAAAAGCUUUUCGAGUGGCUGAUAAUUUCAAUGCUCGAUUCAGGGCUCUAUCUCGGACGUAUGUGUACCGACUUGUGACAGGGUGCUGGCACCGUUCUCAACUUCCAGUAUUUGAAAGGAAUCUUUGCUGGCCGGUGUGUAAUAUACCUUUAAACACAGACAUCAUGAAAGAGGCUGCACAGAUCCUGCUGGGCACACAUGACUUCAGCACCUUCCGCUCCUUAAACUCUGAGACUCCCUUCAAAUCACCGCUGAAAACAUUGCUUCAGGUGGACAUUAUACCUGGUUUCAGCAUAUCUCUGCAGCAGGACUUCCACAGACGUAGAAAGUCUCCAGGGCCGAAGAGAGAACCUUCGUUUAAUUAUUGAUGUGGUUCGAACAAAUGAGGCCAGUGGUGAGGCUUAAGGAAUU